AUGAGUGCUAUUUUAUCAGCCGAUGAUUUGAAUGAUUUCAUUUCACCAGGCGUUGCUUGCAUUAAACCUCCAGCAGAGAACAUUAAUCGAGAUCCUAAUAAUGAAAAUGGUGAAGUAGAUAUUCAAAUAGACAAUGAAGGAAAUCCGAUGGAAAUAUCAAAACUAGAUGGAAGUGCUAAAAGUUUAUCAGCGGCGCAAAUAUCGCUUGCUGAUUGUUUGGCCUGUUCAGGGUGCAUUACUUCAGCUGAAGAAAUUUUGGUUGCACAGCAUUCACAUAACGAAUUGAUUAAAGCAUUGAAAGAAAAGAUUAACAAUAAAACUGACAAGGUCUUCGUGGCCAGUAUUUCACACCAAUCAAGGGCAUCUUUGGCCACUGCAUACAACUUAUCGGUAGAAGAAGUGGAUAGACUUCUCAUAAACUUGUUUAUUAAGCAGAUGGGAUUCAGUUAUAUUGUGGGUACUUCACUUGGAAGAAAGUUAUCAUUGAUAUAUGAAUCACAGAGUAUAAUAGAAAAGAAGGAAUCAGGUGUUGAAGGACCUACAUUAUCGUCCAUUUGUCCUGGAUGGGUGCUAUAUGCUGAGAAAACACAUCCAUAUGUAUUACCAAGAAUUUCGGACAUAAAAUCACCCCAGCAAAUAACAGGAUGCUUGCUUAAAACAUUGACUGCUCGUGAUUUGAAUACAUCAAGGGACAACAUAUAUCAUUUAUCCAUUAUGCCAUGUUUUGACAAGAAAUUGGAAAGUGCGAGACCAGAGAAAGGAGAGCCUGAAUCCGCCACCAAUGACGUUGAUUGUGUGCUAACAGCAAAGGAAUUAGUUACAUUAUUAGAUGAACAUUCGGACGAUUUUUCAUUAUUCCCACCACAGGUGGAAUCCAUAUUAUCUGCAUCCUCGGUUUCUACUACUGAAUUAUAUACCAAAUGUGCCCCAAGGAACUGGCCAUAUGUUGACCUUUCUUGGGCUAAUGAUAACGGUUCAUCAUCUGGUGGAUAUGCAUAUCAUUACAUAAAUUUGACAAAAGAGCAUCUAAUACUGAAAGAUCCUUCUACAUAUCAAUCUGAAAAUUUCACAUUGAAGACAAUCCUGGGCCGGAAUUCUGAUAUUUAUGAGAUGCGGUUGGUUUAUAAAGAUGUGACUGUUGCUAGUGCCGCCGUUGUUAAUGGCUUCAGAAAUAUCCAGAAUCUCGUGAGGAAGUUAAAGCCAUCAACAAAGCAGUCUUCAGCAGUAAAGGUAAACCCGCUUGCUAGCCGUCGUCGUGCCAGAUUGACUUCAAAAGUGGAUGGAACGGCUUCAUCCAAUAGCACCACCCAGGAAACUGCAGAUGCUUCGAAAUGUGAUUAUGUUGAAAUAAUGGCAUGUCCAAAUGGUUGCAUCAAUGGUGGUGGUCAAAUUAACCCACCUACUGAUGUCCCAGAGAAAGAAUGGCUUUCAAAAGCUGCGGAAAACUAUACUAACAUAACUUCAUAUGAUUUGUUAGCUGCUGGUUCUAAUGGAACAAUGUUAUCAGAGCUUAUUGAAUGGUGUCAAGAGUUUUGCAAAGAAUUCAAUAUUAAUCAAAAUAGAUUGCUUAAGACGUGGUUUCAUGAAGUCGAACAAUCGACGGACCCCAAUGCUAUUUUAUUAGGUGCUAAAUGGUAG